AUGGCUUUAGCUCCAAGAAGUGGUUUUGGAAGAUUUUUAUUAUUGGUUAUUAUUGUAACAACAAUAUCUUAUCUUGUUCUUAAUUUAGUUUCAUUUGGAGGAACUUCAUGGAUAACAUAUACUGAUGUUCCUAUUCGUUUUGGUCUUUGGAGAGUUUGUGAUACAACAACAUCAGGUCUUUGUAAUCAAUGGGCUGAUAAUUCAUUUAAAUCAAAUAUUACUUCAAAUACAUUUCCAGCAGGAAAACCAAGUUUUAUUCAAAGUAGUCAAGCAUUAGAAAUAAUAUCUUUAAUUUUUUAUAUAUUUGCGGCUUUUCUUAUUAUUAUUGGUAUAAUUGAUCUUGAUGGAUUACCAUUUGAAAUAAUGUUUCUUGCUGCUGCUGUUCUUUUAUUUAUAAGCAUUGUAUUUAUAUCAGCAACAUUAGGUGUUAUGUCUGUACAAGGUCGUAGUAAUCAUUCGGGUGCUUUUCUUGAUUGGGCAUGGUGGAAUGGUCUUGUUGGUCUUAUUAUGACAAUAAUUUGUUUUAUUUCAUUAAUUGCUUUUGUUAUGGAUAUGAGAUUAUCUCCAUCAAAUCAUCGAAAAUCUAAAAUGAAAAGAAGUAAAAGAAAAAAAGAAGUGCAUGCUCCAUCAAUACCUCCAUGGACAACAACAACAACAACAGCAGAAAUUCGACCACCGUUUGUUCCACCACCAGUUGUUUUAACACGGUUUGUUCCACCACCAAUAUAUUCACCACCGAUUCAACCAACAAAUCAGUUAACAAGUCCACCAAUGAAUUAUCCAUAUAAUCAAGGAAUGAAUGAUUAUAAUUUAAAUAAUUAUACUGGAAAUAUUCCAAUUCAAUAUGGAAAUGUAUAUCCUUGGAUAGAUAAUAAAAUAAAUCAAACUCCAUCACCACUUAUAUCAGCAUUAGCUCAAGAUUAUGUAUUACGUGCUUAUGAUAAUCAAUAUCAAACAGAUUUACUUAUGCCAUAUGAACAAUAUAAUCAACAACCAUUUUUAAUAAAUACUUAUAUUUAA